CGCUCUGGUUGUCAGUAUUCAUACCUGGCAACCCAUGUAUUCUCUCACAUCCGGGCUGCAAAUCGAAAUGGCCGCGACAGCAGAGAGGAUGGAGGUUUCUCAGGGGGAAAGUUCAGCCAAGCCUGCAGCUGAGGACAUGACGUCCAAAGACUACUACUUUGACUCCUACGCCCACUUUGGCAUCCAUGAGGAGAUGCUGAAAGACGAGGUUCGAACACUGACCUACCGCAAUUCCAUGUUCCACAACAAGCACUUGUUUAAGGACAAAGUGGUGUUGGAUGUGGGCAGUGGAACUGGCAUCCUCUGUAUGUUUGCUGCUAAGGCUGGAGCCAAGAAGGUGAUCGGGAUCGAGUGCAGCAGCAUCUCAGACUACGCCAUCAAAAUUGUCAAGGCCAACAAGAUGGACAAUGUUGUGACCAUCAUUAAGGGGAAGGUGGAGGAGGUGGACCUGCCGGUGGAAGGAGUGGACAUCAUCAUUUCAGAGUGGAUGGGUUACUGUCUGUUUUACGAGUCCAUGCUGAACACAGUCCUCUAUGCCAGAGACAAGUGGCUGAAACCAGAUGGACUCAUUUUCCCUGACAGAGCGACGCUCUACGUCACUGCCAUUGAAGACAGACAGUACAAGGACUACAAAAUCCACUGGUGGGAGAACGUGUACGGCUUCGACAUGUCCUGCAUCAAGGAGGUGGCCAUCAAGGAACCCCUGGUUGAUGUGGUGGACCCCAAACAGCUGGUCACUAGUGCUUGUCUCAUCAAGGAGGUGGACAUCUACACAGUGAAGGCGGAGGACCUGACCUUCACCUCACCGUUCUGCCUGCAGGUGAAGAGGAACGACUACAUCCAUGCUUUGGUCACGUACUUCAACAUAGAGUUUACCCGCUGCCACAAGAGGACUGGCUUCUCCACAAGCCCAGAGUCUCCCUACACCCACUGGAAGCAGACGGUCUUCUACCUGGACGACUACCUGACAGUGAAGACUGGGGAGGAGAUCUUUGGCACAAUCAGCAUGAAGCCAAACGUCAAGAACAAUAGAGACCUGGACUUCACGGUAGACAUCGACUUCAAGGGUCAACUGUGUGAGGUGUCGAAGACAUCAGAGUACAGGAUGCGUUAGUCUGCCUCCCUGUGGUGAUAGAAUGAAAAUUCACUUUGACCUGGAGUCCAUAUAAAAGUUGGAUGUUCCUGUGCAGCAACAUUUUAAAGAUUGUCUUUUUUUGGUUUCUUCUUUUUCCGUCUCCAAACAAUAACAGUAUUUAAUAGGUUUUUUUUUUCCUUUGUUGGAGUCAGACUAUGUUGUCGUGGUAACUAAUUAUGCAGUCGCAAUUAACAGACAUGCAGUUACACUUGUGCUUAGGUGUUUGUGUGCAACAUCUUGAUUCUUUUUCUCUUUCAAAUCCAAACACAAACUCCACAUCUGAGCGUCUGCGUUGACAUGUCUACAUGUCUGCUCCAUGUUACUGCUCUAGUCCAUGGUUUGGGUCAGAACAUGUUUGUCCAUGAUCUGACCUUUAUUUAGAUUUGGUUGAACCUGUUGGUGCAUGGAUUGUUGGAUGUGUGUAGAUUUUAAAGCCCUUACUCCUCAACUAUUGUUUAAAAAAACGUGAGCCGGGGUAACAGUGGACUUUUAUGAUGCCUCCAACAGUAAGACGUCCAUGUAGUUUUAUUCAGUGCUGCACUGGUGACAGUAGGGGGCGCUGUAGAGACUGGAAGCCAUACUGCUUUACUGACUCCCGUCACCUUCUCUGUUGAACUCAUAGCAACAUAGCAUUUGUAACAAACAAGUGAAUUUGUGCAAUAUGUGCGAGGUCACGAACUGUCUUUUCUACUUUACCAUAGAUGGGGGGGGAUGACAUGAGCAUCUGCAGCUUCACUGUUUCCUGUGUGCAUUGCAUUGUGGGAAUUCAGUGUAGACCAUCGACUUGUAUGAAUGUGUGUGUGUGUGUGA